CGUCAGCGCCGCUCGUUUGCAUAUCCGAAAGUGGAGUGAGCGCGCGGAGCGGCUUUCUGCGAAUCCUCGGUUCGUCGCGCCCGCGCAGAUGCCUUAAAAACAACAACAAAAACAAGAAGAAGAAAAAGAGGAAGAAGAAGAGGAAGAGGAGCGAGGCGGACUGGACGACGGCUAUUUGCGGAAAAAGAAGUGAGGGGACGACUGUCGUGAGAUGGUUUGCUUAAUGUCAGCCUAAUGGAUUUGACUAAAAUGGGUGUGAUCCAUCUCCAAAACCCCGGCCACCCCACCAGCCUCCUGCAGAAGGCCAACCAGAUGCGUCUCUCGGGGACACUGUGCGAUGUGGUCAUCAUGGUGGACAGUCAGGAGUUCCAUGCCCACAGGACCGUGCUGGCCUGCGUCAGCAAGAUGUUCGAGAUCCUGUUCCAUCGCAACAGCCAGCACUACACUCUGGACUUCCUCUCACCAAAGACCUUCCAGCAGAUCCUGGAGUACGCCUACACUGCCACGCUCCAGGCUAAGCUCGAAGACCUGGAUGACCUGCUGUAUGCCGCAGAGAUCCUGGAGAUAGAGUACUUAGAGGAACAGUGUUUGAAGAUCCUGGAGACCAUCCAGUCCUCUGAGGAGAACGAUGCGGACAUACACAUGAACGAGAAUGGCGCCGAAGAUGACGAUGAGCGCCGGAUGAAAUAUCUGAAGAGCGCCUUCAUGUCCAAGAAGCAUUCCAUACAAGAAGGUGGCUACAACUCCGCCGCCCGCCAUAGGCUAGCCCUGGUCAACAUGGUGGACAAGAAGCCGCCAGUGUCGGCGACCUUAGGGCUUCCUGCCAUCAGCCACACGAAGGCCGCUGUGGAGAGUCUGAUGAGCAUUGGCCAGUCUCUUCUGGAAGGCACCAUGCAGCAGGAUCUCACUCCAACUCAAGGAUCUUCUCCACUGCUGGAUAAGAUCAAGACUGAAAUGAUGCAAGUGGACGACGAGUACAGCCACGAAGUCAGCUCCUCCAGGAAUGGCGAAGGAAUCAACGAGUCGAAGCAGCACAGGGGCUCCCCAGGAACCCCCACGAGAGGCAGCGUCAUCACUAGUGCUCGUGAGCUCCAUUCCGCUGAUGGUGCUCCUGAAUCAUACAGAGAUGCCAGCCAAGUGGGGCAAGCCAGUGUGGCUGCUCUGGCUGAGACGCAUCUUGCCUCGCUUUACUCCAUGCCGGCUAACCACAAGGGCGAGGGCCUGCUGCCCAUGCCCGUCUCUGUGGCUUCCUCGCUGCACAUGCCGCCCACCCUUGCCAUGUCUGUGGACUUCAGUGCCUACGGGGGGCUCUUCCACCAGAGCUUCAUUCAGAGGGAAUUCUUCAGCAAGCUUGGCGAUUUCGCAGCGGCGGCGAAAACAGAGGCCCAAAGCCCCAAGAAGCGGUGCGACGUGUGUGACGCGGAGCUGCCAGACAACCAGACUGCUGAGCAACACAGGAGGCUGCAUAGUGACAUGAAGACCUUUGGCUGUGACUUCUGUGGAAAGCACUUCUUGGACAGUUUACGGCUGAGGAUGCACAUGCUGUCUCACUCAGCUGGACCAAAAGCUGUGGUCUGUGAUCAGUGUGGAGCUCAGUUCUCUAAAGAGGAUGCCUUGGAGGCUCAUCGGCAGACUCACACAGGUUCAGAUAUGGCUGUGUUCUGUCUGCUGUGUGGAAAGCGUUUUCAGACUCAGAAGGCCCUGCAGCAGCACAUGGAGGUUCAUGCAGGUGUGCGCAGCUACAUCUGCAGCGAGUGUGACCGCACCUUCCCCAGCCACACGGCGCUCAAACGCCACCUCCGCUCACACACAGGUGAUCACCCCUAUGAGUGUGAGUUCUGCGGGAGCUGCUUCCGAGACGAGAGCACGCUGAAGGGCCACAAGCGCAUCCACACCGGAGAGAAGCCCUACGAGUGCAACGGCUGCGGAAAGAAGUUCAGUCUCAAACACCAGCUGGAGACCCACUACCGCGUACACACAGGUGAGAAGCCGUUCGAGUGUAAGCUGUGCCACCAGCGUUCACGCGACUACUCGGCCAUGAUCAAGCACCUGCGCACCCACAACGGCGCCUCGCCCUACCAGUGCACCAUCUGCCAGGAGUACUGCCCCAGCCUGUCGGCCAUGCAGAAGCACAUGAAAAACCACAAGCCCGAGGACAUCCCGUCCGACUGGAGGAUAGAGAAGACCUACCUGUACCUCUGCUACGUCUGAGACACAGGACAGGCCUGGAAAGAGGGAGAGAGGGAGGUAGAUACCUGUGCCCACGGUCCGCUCGCUCGACUGCUUCGCUCAAAGCCUGGGCCAAAGAUGGACAAGGAAAGUGAUCGAAGAUGUAAUAUGCGGAAUUCUUUUUUUUUUGUCAUUUGAUAUGCACAUGUUUAAAUUCAUCUCCAGGGACGUUACAGCGCUCUUGCAUUGGUAAAUGGAAAUAUGUGGGUGAAGUCUUGUUAAACAGACUUUUAUUGAUCUGGGACGAUAAAGGGAUUUAUGCUAUUUCAUAAUAUUCGAGCCCACCAGUGUAGCACAUUCGAUUCCCACUAACAAGACAAGAAACUCCACUCUCUUCAUUCCACGUGUUAUACUGAAAAAUGUACAGCAUUUUUGCACUUCAUUUUGUUCUUAAUAUCAAAUAACUUCUUCAGUUCACAAGUUCCAUAAGUGUUGAAUACUAAUCCAAACCAUCUAUGAAAUCAGUGAAAAAUGUUUACCGAAACCAAACUCACAGAUAAUUGGUUGAAGAGCGCCAAAUUAGGCUGUUUUUCUUUGAAAUAAGUGCUAUUUUUAUUCAAUCAAAAAGACAUUUUGUUCAAAAGUGCAGGCCUAUGGUCUCACUUGAGUGUUGAAAGCACUUAAAGGACGCCAUUGAAUCACAGGUAAAGUCGAGUUAUGCUGCAUUACGCUAAAAAAAUGUCAAGGACAUUCAGGGAUGUUGAAUAGAAGUAUUCAAACAUUAGAGUAACUACACUGUGCACUUUCACCAUUGAGUUGACUUCACAGCCGCAAUGUACAGUUUGCUGAUUACAUCCAGACAAAUACAGAGGUGGAUAUGUUUGAUUUGCUUUAGCUGUCCACCGUUCUCUCACCAUCUACAGGCAGUCGUGCCAGAGCUAUUCUUCACCUACAAUCAUUGACACGCUGAUGCUGAGGCAGUAUCGGCGGAUAAAGACUCAUUUUGAGCUGUGCUAGAUCAUAAUCAUGUUCAUCAUGCUCUUGAUGGUCCGUGUGCCGUACAUAGAUGAUGUUUAAUUGACUGUAUCACGUGGUAUUGUAGGUGUCACGUUCAGGCAUCCUUUGAUUAAUUAUACAGUAGACUGAAUUUUAAAAAGCAAAGAUUAAAGACAUAUUAAAUGGAGAGAUUAAAGUAAUCUGAAAAGAAGAGAUUAAAGAAAUAUAUGCAGUAUUCAGCUGCAGCCUGUUCAGACAUUGCGUUUUUUUUCAUAGCUUUUAUCUCUUUCUGUUCUCUUUGUUUCAAAACGUGUUACUUGAAUUUUACCUCAUUAUCUCUUAUGCUUGAUUUAUUUUUGUACUAGUUCACCCUCCUUUCUCUCUCUCGCUUUCAUUCUACUGCAUUCAAGAGGGUGAUUACUACACUAUACAUUGCUAAUUCAGUUUGUUAGCCUUGUUAUAAUUAUAUAAUCAUAACCACCAUUCACUGAGAGUUGCACCUUUCUCCUUGCGUUGUAUUACCAAGUUCAGCACUGCUUGUAGAACUUACGCUAUUCAACCUUGUAUUUAAGUGCUACCUCUUCAUCGCUCUUUGUUUUGCACAAUAGCAAAAGCACAUUUGAUUUCGUUUUGCAUUUUCAUCAAAACUCAUCCUUCGCUUAAUUCUCAGAAUUCUUGAUUUUUACUUGACUGUCAUCAAAAUUCGCACUCCUCGUCUGUUUAACCAUUUAACAGGCUGGAAACAGAUUGCAUAUCCUGGACGGUCAAUAACCUUAAAGCAUUUAUGAGCUAUGGUAUAAGGGAUAAACUUGAACAAUGUGAAUGAAAGCGUUGUCUUUUUAUGUGAAAUCGAUUCAGAAGCGGAAUUGUAGAAAGGACACGGAGUACUGCUACGUAGGGUUACUUAAAAAAAAAAAAGAACUACGUGAGAAAGAUGCUUUUCUGUCUAGCGAAAAAAAGCAUCUUUACUUUCAGACGAGAGCCAAAUGUGGCACUUUGAUAAGUACAAAAAAAGAAUUGUUGUAUUUUUGUAUGCCGUAACGUGCGAUCCCUGUCCAUUUGUUAAUAUUCGAGUGAGUCGAGUACUUUUACAGUAACUUUUGCAUUGUGUUCGUUCUUGAUUUUGAGUGACAUUUUUUCUCGUGCCUCUUUUACAAUGUUGACAAUGUUCAGUAGUAGAUGUUUGUAA